AUGUGGGGUUCAGGAAUUGAGUUCCCGACAACGGUGUCCAGCUCUGAGGUGGCAACAACGGGCGGUAAUACAAUCCUGAUCGAGAGGUCGCUGCGUCAGGUUACGGGCCAGAGGAUAGACGAUUGGGCGAAAUGGCUGACGAAAAACGGAGAUUGGCUCUUCGACGGGGUGAAGUCGGGUAUUCAGUACGCGCUGCGCUAUAUCGAGAAUGUGCUGAAGUGGAUACCGUGGCCUGCAAUUCUUGUGGCGCUAGCGCUACUAUCGUAUGCGGUGGGCCGCUGGAGAAUGCUGAUUUUUACUUCGAUAGCUGUGCUGUUCUUCGGCUUUAUGGGGCUGUGGGAGAAUACCAUAGACACGGUUGCCCUGAUGGUAGUGUCGGUGGUAAUCGCGGUGGCUGCGGGACUUCCGCUCGGGGUCGUAGCGGCGCGCAGCCAGCUUGCGGACAACAUCAUGCGCCCAAUACUGGACGCGAUGCAGACGAUGCCCAGCUUCGUGUAUCUGCUGCCGGGCAUACUGUUUUUCGGUCUUGGGUCGCCGGCGGGCAUAUUCGCAACGCUGAUAUAUGCCAUACCACCCGUGAUUCGAUUGACGAACUUAGGUAUAAGGCAGGUGUCGGAGGAGACUGUCGAGGCAGCGAGGUCAUUUGGCGCUUCGCCGUGGCAAGUGCUUACCACCGUGCAAAUUCCGAUGGCGUUGCCCACAAUAAUGGCGGGAAUCAACCAGACAACUAUGAUGGCGCUUGCGAUGGUAACGAUCGCCAGCAUGGUUGCGGCGGGCGGCUUGGGCGACAAUGUGCUGCGCGCACUGCAGAAGAACCAGGUGGCGAAGGGCUUAAUCUCCGGCUUGGCGAUUGUAUUCCUCGCCAUAAUAAUUGACAGGCUCACUCAGUCAGUGGCGAACAAGCGCCAAGAGGCAAUGAUGAGCCCAGGAUAA